GGCGGGGCGUGAGGGACGGUGGCAGCGGCCUGCGCGCGCGCUGCAGCCUGCGCCCGCACCGCUCAGUCAUUGUCCGACCGAUUCCUCGGUCGCGCGUACUGACGUCCGACUGUUUUGUCGCUACUUCAUCUGUCGUUCGAGUGCCUCUUACGCGAACGGUUUUCUCCAAACCCUGGAGUAUCGUUGAAGUGCUGAGUGAUAGUGUGUUUUUGGCCAUACAAUUUGAAGUGUAUCGCUAUAAAAUCCCACUGCGAGCGGUGUGUGGCGAGUUCCACGGAGUUAUUCUAACGGCUGUUCGCCUGACAGCGAGGGAAGGCGGAUUGCUUCAAACCGGGAGGAAUGAGCCCCGUACACCACCAAACCCGCACUCACCGAUGAUCUCAAGAAACAAUGUACAUAGAAAACUUACCGCUCGUGGUUUGGACGCUCUUAGUCACGACGACAAAUGUAGCGACACAAAACCAAUAUGGAAUAGGAUUAGGAAUAAAACGAGAAGUAUUUUUCUUAAAUUUAGAAGACGGCUAUUUUGGCUGUCAAGUAAACGAAUCGACACAAAUAUUACAAUUAUAUGAAUUAUCUAAAUUAUGCGACGGUGUGCCUGAUUGUUAUAAGGCAUCCGAUGAACUUAAGUCAGAGUUAAAAUGCACAGAUGAUUGUACCAAAGAAGAUGGCGCGCAGUGUAUUAAUGGUGCUUGUCUAAACGGCGUGUGCCAUUGCAACGAUGGUUUCGGUGGAUGUAACUGCCAGGAACUAGAUGUAAAUGAAUGUAAAGACAGGCCAUGUGACGUUUUUGCGCAUUGUACAAAUACUGUUGGCAGUUUUCAAUGUUCAUGUUUCCCCGGUUACGUCGGAGACGGAUUCACCUGUAAAGAUAUAAAUGAGUGUGAAGAUCCUGCAAUUGCGGCUCGCUGUGUUGAAAAUGCAGAAUGCUGCAAUUUACCUGCUCAUUUCAUAUGCAAAUGUAACCGAGGUUUCGAAGGUGAUGGCGAAGAUGAGUGUCGAGAUAUCGACGAGUGUCGACGACCUGGCGCUUGUGGUGUCAAUGCUGUUUGCCAGAACUACCCAGGAAAUUACACAUGUGCAUGUCUUGCUGGUUAUACCGGAAACCCAUUUGAUGGCUGUGUUGAUGUUGAUGAGUGCUUGAAAACGGAUGCCUGCGGCGCGGGCGCCGUCUGUCGCAACCUGGCGGGCGGGUACGAGUGCAGCUGUCCGGCGGGCUACGAGGGGAACCCCCGCGUGGAGUGCCGCGACCACGACGAGUGCGCUCAGUCCUCGUGCGGCCACAACGCUCUCUGUGAAAACCUCCCCGGCGGCUUCCGCUGCGUUUGCCCACCAGGUUUUCAAGGCGACCCAGACGUCCAUUGCACUGCGGAGGGAUGCGAGGCUCAUGAGCAGUGCGCGGUGGGAUUGGCGUGCAUGGAAGGUCGCUGUGCAGACCCAUGCGCACGGGGUGGACCAUGUACACCUGGUCAGCACUGCGCAGUUAUCAGCCAUCAGCCAGUUUGCUCUAAAGUGUGCCAAUGUCAAUCAGCUGCAGAUUGUGCCCGAUAUCCCAAUACUUACUGCGAUGGGUGUGCCUGCAAACCAGGUGGCCAACUGGUCGCAAACUGUGCUCAUUGCCGACCCGGCGUUCCUUGUGAUCCGUUCUCCGGUGCUUGCAUGGAAAAAUCACCCGGAACACCUAAGACACCAGAACCUUGUCAAUCUGAUCGGGACUGUAUAGAAACUGAAGCCUGCUUUAUGGGAUUAUGUCAAAAUCCUUGUGAAUUUAAUGUUUGUGGCACCGGAGCUAAUUGUCAACCCGUACUGCAAAGGCCGAUGUGUUCAUGUCCCGCUGGGCACGAUGGAGAUCCUGCUGUAAAAUGUUCACCUAAAAAAAUUGGUUGCUCUCGGAAUGAAGAUUGUCAACUGACUGAAGCUUGUAUAAAUAAUGCAUGUCAGCACCCAUGUGCCAUACACAAUCCUUGCGCACAAAAUGCAGUAUGUAUAAACACAAACCACGGUUCAGACUGUAGCUGCGCAGAAGGUUAUCAAGGCAAUGGAUACGUCGGAUGCACGCCAGUAAUUGAACAUAAAUCUCCGUGUCAAUACAAUGAAGAUUGUCCACCAGAACUUCUUUGUGACAGAUUAAACAGAGUUUGUAUUAGUCCAUGUACUGCUAAUAAAUGUGGUGAUAAUGCUGAAUGUAUACCAUCAAAUCAUGGUAUCCAAUGCGAAUGUUAUGCUGGAUAUACGGGAAAUCCUUUCCUUGAGUGUUACCAAGUACAAGGUUGCCGUACAGAUAACGAAUGUGCUAAUUCAGAAGCCUGUAUUAACAACCAAUGUGGGUCACCAUGUCGAUGUGGAGUAAACGCAGUUUGUGAUGUGAUAAAUCAUAGAGCAUCAUGCAAAUGCGCACCAGGAUACACUGGAAAUCCUACUCUUGGAUGUGAACCACCAACAAAUCCUUGUAAUCCAAAUCCUUGUGGAAUCCAUGCUUUAUGUGAAGUCGAUAAUGGUAACCCAAUUUGUUUCUGUCCCAAAGGAUUAACAGGAAACCCAUUUGUAAAUUGCAUUCCAGAAGGAAAUGAAUGUGAACCAAAUCCAUGUGGUCCAUUUUCUGGGUGCCGACUGAUAGAAGAUAAGCCAGCCUGUUUCUGUCUGCCGAAUUAUGAAGGAAAUCCACCAACUCAACUCUGUAGACUACCAACCAACCCCUGUAGUCCGUCACCAUGUGGACCAAAUACACAAUGUACUGUAUUGUCAAAUGGGUUUGCGAAAUGUACAUGUCUGGAGGGAUAUAUCGAGAGUCCAAAUACAGUCCGAGGUUGUAUAGAAGCACGUAAUCCUUGUGAACCUAACACAUGUGGGGUUGGCGCACGCUGCGACCCAAACAGAAAUCCUGCUUGUUAUUGUCCAGACAAUUCAGUUGGAAACCCUUAUGUAUCCUGUAAUCGUGGAUAUUUACCUCCAGCAGUGUUAUGUCAGCCAGGACCAUGUGGUGUUAACGCAGAUUGUUAUGUUAGCAGUAAUACAGAAAUGUGUUUCUGUAAAACAGGAUUUGUAGGUAACCCUUAUACAGGAUGUCGGCCACAAAAAAGUCCAUGUAUUCCAGAUCCUUGUGGACCACAAUCUAUUUGUAGUGAAAAAGAUGGGCUAGCGGUGUGCACCUGCGCUGAAGCUACAUCCGGGGAUCCCUAUGGAGUUCAAGGUUGUCAUUCACAUGAAUGUAACUUUGACAAUGAGUGCAGUUCAAAUAAAGCAUGCAUUGGCUACACAUGUCGCGACCCAUGUCCUGGAGCUUGUGGCUUGAAUGCCAGAUGUUCUAUAGAAAACCAUCGACCUGUCUGCGAAUGCGAGGCAGGUCUUAUAGGAAAUCCAUGGAUAUGUUGUUUGCCUCCUGAAGAUCAGAAAUCAAUAGGACCCUGCAACAAAGUCCAAUGCGGUAUUAAUGCAAUUUGUCAUGCUGUAGGCGACACAGCUUUAUGCUCAUGCCUUCCUGAUUUUUACGGCAAUCCUAAAAUUGAAUGUAAACGAGAAUGCGUAAUGAAUUCCGAUUGUGGUUCAAACGAGGCUUGCAUCACCAAUAAAUGUAAGGAUCCGUGUAGCUUUAAAAGUGUAUGUGGAAUAAACGCUAUUUGCAUGUGCUUAGAACAUACAGUAUCAUGUAUAUGCCCAGAAGGUUAUAUUGGAGACCCAAUGACACAAUGCAUAUAUCGACCUAUUAUCAUCAUACCAGAUAACAAUACUGUUCAACCAUGUUCAUCAAAUCCAUGUGAUCCAAAAUUGUCAUGUGAUACAUACGGAAAUCAAUUUGCAAUUUGUGAUCCUUGUGUUGGCCCUAAUGCUAUAAGUAAUCCCAGUUGCAGACCUGAAUGCGUACUAAGCUCUGACUGCGCAUUUAAUAAAGCCUGUUUAGGCAACAAAUGUGUUGACCCCUGUCCGGGUUCCUGUGGUGUAAAUACUGAUUGUAUGGUCCACUAUCAUGAUCCUAUUUGCUUAUGCAGAAAUGGGUUUGAAGGAAAUCCAUAUGAACUUUGCAAACCAAGCACAAGACCUAUUGAAAGAGAACAUUGUGAUAGUGUCCGCUGUGGCGAUAAUGCAAUAUGUAAAGAAUUAAAUGGUGCUCUGACAUGUCAAUGUCUGCCAAACUUCUUCGGUAAUCCUUAUCUGUCAUGUCGACCAGAAUGUGUUGUCAACAGUGAUUGCCCUCUUAACUUGGCGUGUAUAAAUAAUAAAUGUGAAGACCCUUGUCAAAAUGUUUGUGGAAUUGGAGCACUUUGCGAAACAGUCAAUCAUCAUGCUGUAUGUUACUGUAAGCCCGGUUCUACUGGAGAUCCAUACCUAAGAUGUCAAAUUACACCAGUAGCCCCGCCUAUACUGACAACAUGUGAUCCGUCCCCAUGUGGCCCUUAUAGUCGAUGUCUUGUGUCACCAUCUGGUUUCGCUGUUUGUUCGUGUUUACCAGGUCAUAGGGGCAUUGCACCCAUGUGCCAACCAGAAUGUGUCAGUAACUCUGACUGUCAACAAACAGAGACAUGCGUUAAUCAAAGAUGCUCUAAUCCCUGUCAAGGAAGUUGUGGUGUCAAUGCAGAAUGUGUCGUAAUUAAUCAUAAUCCAGUGUGUAGCUGUGGACCUGGUCAAACCGGCGAUCCUUUUGUGGCAUGCACUGAUGUAAUUAUUAGCAAUAUACCAAUAGAAAAAAAUCCAUGUGUCCCGUCCCCAUGUGGACCGAAUUCAGUAUGUGAAGUGAAAUCAGACAGGCCAGUAUGCUCAUGUCGUCCCAACUAUUCUGGAACACCCCCAUCCUGUAGACCGGAGUGCGUGAUAAGCCAAGAAUGUCCUUCACAUCAAGCUUGUAUCAACGAAAAGUGUGUGGAUCCAUGUUUGGGUGCUUGUGGUAAUAAUGCUGUUUGCAAUGUAGUGAAUCAUACACCACUUUGUAGCUGUUUAGAAGGAUAUAAAGGUGAUGCUUUUAUUGGUUGUGUUAUAUCGAAAACAGAAUCAUCUAGUCCAUGCAAUCCCUCACCUUGCGGAGAAAAUACCAUCUGCACGGUAACUAAUAAUAUGGCACGUUGUACAUGCAUUCCACCCAAUAUAGGAAACCCAUAUGCGGGUGGAUGUAGACCAGAAUGCAGUAUAAAUUCUGACUGCCCCAAUCAUCUUGCAUGUUUAGCGAACCACUGUCGAGAUCCUUGUAAAGAUUUAUGUGGCGUGAAUGCAGAGUGUACUGUCACCAAUCACGUUCCUGUUUGUACUUGCUUCAAAGGAUAUGAGGGCAAUCCGUUCUCUUCGUGCCGCGAAAUAUAUAAAACACCAUCAAUAUUUAAUCCUUGUGAACCAUCACCGUGUGGACCUAACAGUGAGUGCCACGUUGUAAACGAACGAGCUGCAUGUGUCUGUCGACCUGGUUUCCUAGGAGCUCCACCUGCUUGCCGUCCUGAAUGCGCUGUAAAUUCAGAUUGCCCAUCGAACAAAGCCUGUAUCAAUUUGAAAUGUAAAGAUCCAUGUAUACAUAGUUGUGGUCUAGAUGCCAGAUGCCACGUUGUCGGUCACAACCCAAUUUGUACUUGCCCAGAAAACUUACCUGAUGGAGAUCCGUUUAUAAAAUGCUCUUCAAAAGGUAUUAUGUAUCCGGCCCCGGACCCAUGUCUUCCAUCUCCUUGUGGACCAUACUCCACUUGCCGCAAUGCCAACGGCGAACCAGUAUGCGCGUGUGAACCGGGGAUGUUGGGAGCUCCACCAACAUGCCGCCGCCAAUGUGUGAUCAAUCAAGAUUGUCCCCUUGCGCUUGCAUGUAUGGCUGGAUCCUGUGUUAAUCCUUGCGUUGGAUCUUGCGGAUUUAACGCUAACUGUGUAAUUCAAAACCAUCAGCCAAUCUGCACAUGUAACGAAGGCUAUUCAGGAGAUCCGUUCGCUGGUUGCACUCCAUAUGAAUAUGAAUCGCCACCUCCACAAAAUCCAUGUAAUCCAUCACCAUGUGGUGCAAAUGCAAUAUGUAAGGAACGAAAUGGAAUUGGUUCGUGUAAAUGUUUACCAGAAUAUUUUGGCGAUCCUUAUUCAGGUUGUCGGCCUGAAUGUGUAUCCAAUUCUGAUUGUGAUAGAAAUAAAGCUUGUUCAAACAAUAAAUGUAAAGAUCCCUGUCCAGGUGCUUGCGGAAUAAAUGCUGAAUGUAGAACAGUGAAUCAUUCCCCAGUUUGUACUUGCCUUAAUGGAUAUUCUGGGAAUCCGUUAGUCAGAUGUGAUAUAGAAAUUAUUACAGAUAAACCCUUAAACCCAUGUCAACCAUCCCCAUGUGGCCCUAACAGCCAAUGUCGCGUUAUCAAUGGACACAGUGUAUGUUCUUGUAUUGUUGGUUUCGUCGGGACACCUCCAACUUGCCGACCAGAAUGUAUUGUGAGUUCAGAAUGUCCACAAGAUAAGGCAUGUGUGAAUAAUAAAUGCAUAGACCCAUGUCCAAAUACUUGCGGGCUUAAUGCACGUUGUCAAGUUAUAACUCACAACCCCAUCUGCAGUUGUUCUCCAGGAUUCACAGGCGAUCCCUUUACUAAAUGUGACCCUGAAGAAACAAAAGUACUAAAUCCAAAGCCUUGUUCACCUUCACCAUGUGGACCUAACUCUGAGUGUCGUGUAAUUGGUGAUCAAGCUGCAUGUUCCUGUUUACCUAAUUACAUAGGAAGAGUACCAAAUUGUCGACCAGAAUGUACUAUAGAUGCAGAAUGUCCCAGCAACGCGGCUUGUAUUAACGAACGUUGUAAAGAUCCAUGUCAAGGCGCUUGCGGAUUAAAUGCACUUUGUGUUUCUGUUUAUCACAAGCCUGUGUGCAGCUGUCAACAAGGAUUUGAGGGAGAUGCAGCAUCAAGAUGCAUUGAAAGAGAUUUUUCAGUAACUGAAGUAACACCAACUAGUAGCCCAUGUUCGCCAUCUCCAUGUGGGCCUAAUGCUGUUUGCCGUGAACAUAACGGAGCCGGUGCCUGCGUAUGUUCUGAGGGUUACGAAGGUGCUCCAUACAGUCCUCAAGGCUGCCGCAGAGAAUGUGAAAAUAACGACGACUGUACACCGAAUUUAGAAUGCAUUCGAUUCAAAUGUAUCGAUCCCUGUCCCAGAACUUGUGGUCAAAUGGCAUUAUGUAUCGUCGAAAAUCAUAUCCCUAUCUGUAGCUGUCCUAAAGGUUAUUCUGGUGAUCCCUUCUUUGAAUGCAAGCAAAUAGUAUUACAACCUUCACCACCCCAGUUCCCCUGUGAACCUAACCCUUGUGGACCAAACAGUUUGUGUCAGCAAAUUAAUAUGCAGCCAGUAUGUUCUUGUCUACCAAAUUAUGUGGGAUUACCACCAUCAUGCAGGCCCGAAUGUGUUGUCAAUAGCGAAUGUGACACUUCCAAAGCCUGCAUUAAUCAAAAAUGUGACAAUCCUUGUCCAAACACGUGCGGACUCAGAGCCCACUGUUUAGUCAAGAACCACAAUCCAAUAUGUACUUGUCCUGCCGGAAUGACUGGAGAUCCGUUUACACAGUGUUACCCUAUUCCACAAGUAACAGAACGACCACCAUCAUGUACGCCAUCACCGUGUGGCCCGCAUUCUCGUUGUCAAUUAUUAGCAACCGGACCUGCAUGUUCAUGUUUACCUGGGUAUAUCGGAUCACCACCUUCUUGUCGACCGGAAUGUACUAUUAAUUCUGAAUGUCCAGCUUCGCUAGCAUGUUUACGGCAAAAAUGUGAUGACCCAUGUCCAGGAUCAUGCGGCGUAGACGCUAACUGUCAUGUUUUAAAUCAUGUAGCCGUCUGUAUAUGCAAUGAUGGUCAUACUGGUGAUCCAUUCACAAGAUGCAUAAGAAUAUCUGAAGCUCCAACAACCGCUACCCCAUCGGAUCCAUGUAAUCCUUCGCCUUGUGGUGCAAAUGCACAAUGUGAUAACGGAUUGUGCACUUGUUUGACUGAUUAUAGUGGAAAUCCUUAUGAAUCAUGUCGUCCAGAAUGCACAGGAAGUCAAGAAUGUCCGAGAGAUAAAGCUUGUUUUAGAAACAAAUGUCGAGAUCCGUGCCCUGGUGCAUGCGGUCAAAAUUCUAAAUGUGAUGUAAUAAAUCAUAUUCCAACAUGUUCUUGUAUGACAGGAUAUACUGGAAAUCCAUUCACAUAUUGUCAACCUAUUAAAGAAGUCAAACAAGUUCCGAAAGAUCCUUGUCAUCCCUCGCAGUGUGGGCCGAACAGCAUAUGUAGAGCCCAUAAUAACACCGCAGUAUGUGCUUGCAUAGAAGGUUUUCAAGGCUCACCACCUAUGUGUAGACCUGAAUGUAUUAUCAGUUCAGAAUGUACUUCGACUAAAGCUUGCGUAAAUCAAAAAUGCAUAAAUCCUUGCACCAAUGCGUGUGGUCUUUCAGCUAGAUGCGAAGUGAUAAACCAUAGCCCGAUUUGUAGUUGUAAUCCCGGACAGACCGGUGAUCCAUUUAAGAAAUGUUAUGAUAUUGAACAAGUUCCUCCUGAACCUAUAGAUGUAUGUAAUCCUUCACCAUGUGGUCCAAAUUCUGCAUGCAUUGAAAGAAAUGGAAAACCGAAUUGUAGAUGUGUAGAUAAUUAUGUUGGGCAACCACCUAAUUGCAGACCAGAAUGCGUUAUUAGUUCAGAUUGCCCCUCGAAUCAGGCAUGUGUAAUGAAUAAAUGCAUUGAUCCGUGUCCAGGAUCAUGCGGAAUAAAUGCUGAUUGUAUCAUUGUGAAUCAUAUGGUCUCAUGUAUUUGUAGAGACAAAUUUACUGGCAAUCCCUUCGCGCAGUGUGUGCAUAUAGCAGAAAUAGUAACACAGCCUUGUGAUCCAUCACCUUGUGGAGCCAAUGCGAUUUGUAAUCAAAGAGAUGGUGCAGGAUCCUGUUCAUGUUUAAAUGGAUAUCAAGGAAACCCUUACGAAGGAUGUAGACCGGAGUGCGUACUUAGUUCUGACUGCCCGGCUGACAAAGCUUGUAUUAAAAACAAAUGUGCUGAUCCCUGUCCGGGAAUUUGUGGCACUAAUGCCGAAUGUACAGUUAUAAAUCACGUGCCAUCAUGUGCUUGUAUAAAAGGCUAUUCAGGAAAUCCAUUUGAACAAUGUAGAAAAGAUAAAAUCAUUGAGGAAAUUAAGCCAUGUCAACCAUCUCCUUGUGGACCUAACAGCAUUUGCAGAGAAAAUGCAGGUUUAGCAUCAUGCGAAUGUUUAUCUGAUUAUAUAGGAGCACCACCUGACUGUAGACCUGAAUGUACAGUCAGCAGCGAAUGUCCAUCUGACCGAGCUUGUCAUAAAUUAAAAUGUGCAGAUCCGUGUCGAGGUACAUGUGGAAUUGGAGCACAUUGCCAAGUCAUCAAUCACAGCCCACUGUGCAGUUGUCCUAUAGGCACAAGUGGAGAUCCGUUCUCAAGAUGUGCUGAAAUAUCACACGUACCCGAAAUACCAGUACAGCCGUGUCAACCAAACCCUUGUGGACCGUAUAGUGAAUGUCGACCAGUUAAUGGAAACCCUUCCUGUUCCUGCAACGUUGGUUAUAUAGGUACUCCACCGCAGUGUCGCCCCGAAUGUUUAGUAAAUACAGACUGUCCAUCACAUCAAGCAUGUAUAGCAGAAAAAUGUAGAAAUCCAUGUGAAGGUUCUUGUGGGUUCAGAGCAGAAUGUCGAGUUCAUGAUCAUAUACCUAUUUGUAGUUGUCCUACUGGUUAUUCUGGAGAUCCGUUCAUACAGUGCAGCGAAAUUAUGAUUACACCGAGUGUUCCUGAAGAUCCUUGUAAUCCAUCGCCUUGUGGAAGUAAUGCCUUAUGCGAUGCUGGAAUUUGUUCGUGUUUACCGAGCUUCUUUGGAGAUCCCUAUACUGGCUGUCGUCAUGAAUGUGCAACGAAUGGCGAAUGUUCACCGACCCGGUCUUGUCAAGGUGGAAGAUGUGUAGACCCUUGUCCAGGAGCUUGUGGCACUGGAGCUAGGUGCACCGUUAACAACCAUAUUCCAUCCUGUACAUGUCCACCUAAGACAUCUGGCGAUCCAUUUUCAUUUUGUAGUGAUAUAGUUGUAGAAACUGAUAUCCGAUCAGCCUGCUCGCCUUCUCCCUGUGGACCUUACAGUGAGUGUACAGUAAGCGCCAAUGGUGCAGCUGCUUGUUCCUGUCGUGCUGGUCACAUCGGUUCUCCGCCUUCUUGUCGUCCGGAAUGCCUCGUUAGUUCAGAGUGCCAAUUGCAAUUAGCUUGCAUCGACCGUCGCUGUCGAGACCCCUGUGAGGGUGCUUGUGGACGUGGAGCAAAAUGUCAAGUCAUCGCACAUUCACCAAUAUGCACAUGUAAUGAAGGUUUCACUGGAGAUCCCUUUACAUACUGUUUUUCUGCACCAGAACCACCUGUGUCUGUUGAUCCAUGCCAGCCGUCGCCAUGUGGGCCAAACUCAAUUUGCCAAAAAGUAGGCGAUACACCAGCAUGCAGCUGUCAGCCUAGUUAUAUAGGCACUCCACCUAAUUGUCGACCUGAAUGUACGAUAAGCGCUGAAUGUCCAGCAAAAUUUGCUUGUGUUGCUCAAACAUGCAAAGACCCCUGCGAACAGGCAUGUGGACCGAGUGCGGUCUGUUCAGUAGUAGAUCAUCGUGCUACCUGCGCUUGCGAACCAGGAUUCGAAGGUGAUCCGUUCCAGGGUUGUACAAUUCCUAAAGCUCCAUCCCAGGUUGAAUACAUUAACCCAUGUGAGCCCUCGCCUUGUGGGGCAAACGCCGAAUGUAAAGUUCUCGGGAAUGCAGGGUCGUGCACAUGUCUUCCUGAUCAUUUUGGGGAUCCAUAUGUAAGCUGUAGGCCAGAAUGCUUAGCUGAUUCGGACUGUUCUUUAAUGUUAGCUUGUGUCCAAAAUAAAUGUAAAAAUCCAUGCCCUGGAGUAUGUGGAUAUAAUGCAGAAUGCUACGUUAUUAAUCACAAACCAACAUGCAACUGUAAAACAGGCUAUACAGGAAAUCCACUGUCUGUGUGUUCUCAACUGCCUGACAGAGACAUUAUGUUGAUUAAUGUUUGUAACCCAUCACCAUGUGGGGCUAACUCAAUAUGCAAAGAAGUAAAUAAUCAACCAGUUUGUUCAUGCCUUCAUAAUUAUAUUGGCUCUCCACCAAAUUGUAAACCCGAGUGUAUCGUGAAUUCGGAAUGUAGAUCAGAUCGAGCCUGUGUAAAUCAAAGAUGUGUGAAUCCAUGUCCUAAACCUUGUGGACAAAAUACAGAAUGUACAGUUAUUCGUCAUAGCCCAGUUUGUACUUGCCGACAGGGAUAUUCUGGAAAUCCCUUUACGAUUUGCACAUUAGUUUUACAAACUUCACCAAGUAUCGCGGAAACUACAGAUCCAUGUUUACCAUCACCGUGCGGAUUAAAUGCUGAAUGUCGGAAUAUCAAUAGCUUAGCAUCGUGCUCAUGUUUGCCCUCAUACGUUGGAUCUCCACCUUUCUGUAGAGCUGAAUGCGUAGUACACUCAGACUGUCCCAGUGAUCAAGCAUGCGUUGCUGAAAAAUGUCGAAACCCUUGUGAAGGAUCAUGUGGUAUUUAUGCAAAAUGCUUUGUAAAUAAUCAUGUUCCGGUAUGCUUAUGUCCGGAGGGAUUUAUAGGAGAUCCAUUCAGGGAAUGUAUAGUUAAACCUAUCCAAGCAAAACCAACCAUUUCAGUAGAACUCUGUUAUAGCCCUCCUUGUGGGCCUAACACUGCAUGUUCCAAUGGCAUAUGUACAUGUUUAGAAGGAUAUCAUGGAGAUCCAUAUCUUGGGUGUAGGCCAGAAUGUGUACACAACUCCGACUGUCCUGUUGACAUGGGCUGCCAAAAAAAUAAAUGCGUGAAUCCUUGUAUUGGUACAUGUGGAUUACAAGCCCUUUGUAUUGUCACAAAUCAUAUUCCCAUGUGCACGUGUCCAAAAGGAAUGGCAGGCAAUGCAUUUAUAGAAUGUCGUCCAGUAGCAGUUGCUCUGGAGAAUCCUUGCAAUCCCUCACCUUGUGGUCCAAAUAGUCAAUGCAGACAAAUAAAUGGUCAAGCCGUGUGUUCAUGUGUGCCUGGAUAUCUGGGUAACCCUCCUACUUGCAGACCGGAAUGCUUAGUUAGUCUAGAAUGUCCUUUAAAAGAAGCAUGUAAUAAUCAGAAAUGCGUUAAUCCUUGUAUCGGCGCAUGUGGCUCAGGUGCGAUAUGUGAUGUGAUCAAUCAUAAUCCAAUUUGUACAUGUCCACCAUUCCUGACAGGUGAUCCUUUUGUAGAGUGUAUCAUAGUUCCAGAACAAGAUACAGUUGGAGUAAAUCCUUGUGAACCAUCACCUUGUGGGCCAUAUUCUGUUUGCAGGAUAAAAGAUCAAGGACCUCUAUGUGCUUGUCUACCUACUUACAAAGGUGCCCCUCCAAAUUGUAGGCCAGAAUGUAUUAGUAACAGCGAAUGUGAUUAUAAUUUGGCAUGUUUGAAUAACAAAUGUUCUGAUCCCUGCAUUGGAACCUGUGGUACAAACGCAGAAUGUAAAGUAGUAAGCCAUGCACCAUUAUGUAUUUGUCAAUUAGGUUAUACUGGUGAUCCAUUUUCAAACUGCCAUGCUCAAUUAGAACAAAUUGAAAUAUUAACUCCAUGUAGUCCGAGCCCUUGCGGAACGAACGCAAUUUGCAAAGAACAAAAUGGUGUCGGGGCGUGUCAAUGCAUUGAUGGUUACUUAGGAAAUCCCUAUGAAGGAUGCAGACCAGAAUGUAUUGUAAACUCUGAUUGCCAACUUAAUAAAGCCUGUUCAAGAAUGAAAUGUGUGGAUCCCUGCCCGGGAACUUGUGGACAAAAUGCAAUCUGUCAUGUGAGCAAUCACAUGCCUGUCUGUGUUUGCCAACCUGGAUACACUGGAAAUCCUUUUAGCUUCUGUACUAUUGUACAAGAACCUGUAAUUCUUGAAACAAAUCCAUGCAAUCCAUCACCAUGCGGAGCCAACAGCCAGUGCAAAGAAAUUAAUAGUCAAGCAGUUUGUUCUUGUCUAGUAAACUUUAUCGGCUCUCCGCCAAACUGCCGACCCGAAUGUGUUGUAAGCUCUGAAUGUCCAUCCAAUUUGGCUUGUGUCAACCAGAAAUGUGAGAAUCCUUGCAUUGGAGCAUGUGGACAGCAAGCAAACUGUAAUGUAAUAAACCAUAGCCCGAUUUGCGUUUGCAAACAAGGAUUAACUGGAAAUCCAUUUACCAGAUGCUAUCCAAUGAUGGUAUCCCAGCCUUUGUAUGAACCCGCCAAAGAUCCCUGCGUGCCUUCUCCAUGUGGUUUAUAUGCAGAAUGCCGAAACAUUAAUGGUGUACCAUCCUGCAGCUGCAUGCAAAAUUAUAUUGGUAACCCUCCGAAUUGUCGCCCAGAAUGCACAAUUAACUCAGAAUGUCCCAGUAUCCAAGCUUGUAUAAAUGAGCGUUGCAGAGAUCCUUGCCCUGGAGCCUGUGGUAUCAAUGCUCAAUGUACGAUUUUGAAUCACAUUGCACAAUGUGCAUGCAUUGAACAAUAUACUGGAGACCCAUUCACACAAUGUUUCGUAAUUCCAGAGCAAGACGAUAUAUACUCGGAAUUAGAUCCUUGCAACCCAUCUCCUUGUGGUGCAAAUGCUGAAUGUAAUCAAGGUAUAUGUACAUGUUUGCCAGAAUAUCAAGGGGAUCCGUAUUUUGGUUGUAGACCCGAAUGUUUGAUGAAUACAGACUGUCCUCAAAAUAAAGCUUGUUUAAGAAAUAAAUGUGUAGAUCCUUGUGUUGGCACAUGCGGAGUGGAUGCAAUUUGCAACGUUUAUAAUCAUGUGCCUAUGUGCACAUGCCGCACAGGUUAUUUUGGAAACGCAUUCAUUGUAUGUCGAAAGAACCCUAUUGCAGAGAAUCUGACACCAUGCAGUCCAUCACCAUGUGGGCCCAACAGUCAAUGUCGUGAAAUUAAUGGUCAAGCUAUUUGCACGUGUCUCCCUGAAUAUAUAGGUGCACCACCAACAUGUAGACCUGAAUGUAUUACAAGUGCAGAAUGUCAAUUAAACAAAGCUUGCUCUAAUCAACGUUGCAUUGAUCCAUGUAAAGGAAAUUGUGGAACUGGAGCAUUGUGUCAAGUGAUCAACCAUAACCCUAUAUGUUCCUGUGCAAAAGGAUAUAGCGGGGAUCCAUUUAGUAGAUGUAUACUUGAAGAUACUGAGCCAUCUGUUUACGUAAAUCCUUGUGUACCAUCACCUUGUGGUCCAAACUCUGAAUGCAAAGAGGUCGGUGGCUCUCCUUCUUGCGCUUGCUUCUCUGAAUUCAUAGGAAUUCCACCAAAUUGUCGACCUGAAUGUAUCGCUAACUCGGAAUGUGCUAACCACUUGGCGUGCAUAAACAGCAAAUGCAAAGACCCUUGCCCUGGAUCCUGUGGCACAAAUGCAGAAUGUAAAGUUAUAAGUCAUACUCCACAAUGUUUAUGUGUACCAGGUUACACAGGUGAUGCUUUUAUUGAAUGUAGAGUGUUGGAAGUUAUUAUGAGACCUUGCUCUCCGUCACCGUGUGGAUCUAACGCUGUUUGUAAAGAACUCCGCGAUGCCGGGGCCUGCGUUUGUUUGCCAGACUAUAUAGGCAAUCCAUAUGAGGGAUGUCGUCCUGAAUGCGUUAUUAAUUCGGACUGCUCUACGAACUUGGCUUGUAUUCAGAAUAAAUGUCAAAAUCCUUGUAAUAGUAUAUGCGGGUCCAACGCAAAAUGUAAUGUCGUCAACCAUACUCCAACAUGUGAUUGUUUGCCUGGACUUACAGGAAAUCCAUAUCAAAAUUGUUAUGAAAAACUGACAGAUGAACCUAUUAUAAAAAGUAACCCAUGUACUCCAUCACCAUGUGGACCAAAUAGCAACUGCAAAGUAUCUAAUAAUCAAGCUGUAUGUACAUGUCAGCCGGAUUUUAUAGGCACACCACCAGCUUGUCGACCUGAAUGUGUAGUUAGUUCUGAAUGUAAUCAGCAGCAAGCUUGUAUUAACAAAAAGUGUAAAAAUCCAUGUGAAGGAGUUUGUGGUCAAAAUACUGAGUGCAAAGUAAUAAAUCACAGCCCUAUAUGCUCUUGUCGUUCACAAUACACUGGUGAUCCAUUUAGUCGUUGCUACUUCUACCAAGCUGAUGUUGUAGCUGGUCAGAGAGAUCCUUGUUUACCAUCUCCAUGUGGACCUUUUUCACAAUGUCGUGACAUUGGUGGCACACCAUCUUGCUCUUGUUUGCCUCAAUAUAACGGCAACCCUCCCUACUGCAGGCCUGAAUGUGCUCUAAACACAGAUUGCCCGAAUGAAAAAGCUUGCAUCAAUGAGAAAUGCAUUGACCCUUGUCCAGGAUCUUGUGGUAACAACGCUAAUUGUAGAGUACAAAAUCAUAUUUCAAUUUGCACGUGCAGAGACGGAUAUAUUGGAAAUCCAUUUGAUAGGUGUAUAAUAAAACCACCGCCAGAUAUUGCUGCUGCGGACCCGUGUAACCCAAGUCCAUGUGGUCCAAACGCAUUAUGUAAUGAUGGUGUUUGUAGUUGCUUGCCGGACUACAGCGGCGAUCCAUAUUUUGGAUGUAAUCCUGAAUGUACUAUCAGCUCUGAAUGCCCAAUGAACAAAGCGUGUGUCAAGAACCACUGCAUCAAUCCUUGUAACCAGACUUGCGGCACAAAUGCUAUAUGUGGAGUUGUCAAUCACAUGGCUGUCUGCACUUGUUCUCCAAAAACAACAGGGAACGCGUUCAUAGAAUGCCGACCGUUUGAUAUAGUUCCAGGCAAUCCUUGUCAACCUAGUCCAUGUGGCCCUCACAGUCAAUGUAGGGAAUUUAACAAGCAAGCUGUUUGCUCGUGCCUUGCGGGAUAUCGCGGAGCACCACCUGCCUGUCGACCCGAAUGUGUUGCAAGUUCUGACUGUCCCCUUGACAAAGCAUGUAGCAAUCAAAAAUGUAUUAAUCCAUGCAAAGGAACUUGUGGAGUAAACGCGUUAUGUCAAGUUAUUAAACAUAACCCACUUUGUUCUUGUCCUUCCAGCAUGUCUGGAGAUCCAUUCACUCGAUGCAUUAAUGCCAUUUCUGCUGUUGUAACACCGGGAAAUCCUUGCCAGCCUUCACCAUGCGGGCCAAAUUCUUUGUGUGAAUUAAGUGGUGGUGAAAUUCCAUCAUGUCAAUGCAUGCCUGAUUUCAUUGGCUCCCCGCCAAACUGUCGACCGGAAUGUAUUGCUAAUACUGAAUGCGCACUUCAUUCGGCUUGUGUAAACAAAAAAUGUCAAGAUCCCUGCGCACAGGCUUGUGGUAGAAAUGCAGAGUGUCGAGUAGUUAGCCACACUCCUGUUUGCAUCUGUCCGGAAGGGUUAACUGGUGAUGCUUCUGUACAAUGUGUUGCAUAUGAUAUAAUACACACUGAAGUGAUUUCUCCUUGUUCGCCAUCACCCUGUGGACCUAAUGCUGAAUGCGAAGAGAGAGCUGGAGCUGGAGCAUGUAUUUGUGUAAAAGGUUACUUUGGAAAUCCUUAUGAAGGUUGUCGUCCGGAAUGUUUAGGAAAUUCUGACUGUUCCAGUAAUAAAGCAUGUGUUCGAAAUAAAUGUAUUGAUCCUUGCCCGGGUACAUGUGCUGCCAAUGCAGAGUGUCAAGUAGUCAAUCAUUCGCCCAUGUGUACCUGUAGAUUUGGAUUCAGCGGAGAUCCCUUCAGGCAAUGCGUUAGGCAAAGUGUGGAAUUAGAACAAAAUAAUCCGUGUCAACCGUCACCGUGUGGUCCUAACAGUCAAUGUCGCAUAUCAAAUGGACUGAGUGUAUGCUCCUGUUUACCAGAAUAUAAGGGAUCUCCACCUAAUUGUAGACCAGAAUGUGUUGUCAGUGCAGAAUGUCCAUCAGACAAGGCCUGUAAAAAUCUAAAAUGUAUAACCCCUUGUCCUGGACCAUGCGGUCAAAAUGCAGACUGUAGAGUUAUCAACCACAGUCCUAUUUGUACUUGUCAAAAUAAAUAUACCGGAGAUCCAUUCACAAGAUGUUUUGUUAUAACAGCUCCAGUUGUUGUACCUGCUAUUGAGAGAGAUCCCUGCACACCUUCACCAUGUGGACCCAAUUCAUUAUGCCGAAAUUUAAAUGGAUAUCCGUCAUGUUCUUGUCAACCCAAUUAUGAAGGUAGCCCGCCAAACUGUCGACCUGAGUGCUCCAUUAAUGAAGAUUGUGCAAGUAAUUUGGCAUGUAUAAAUCAGAAAUGCAAAGAUCCUUGUCCUGGAUCAUGUGGAAUUAAUGCAAAUUGUCAAGUAUUUAAACAUUUAUCAGUCUGCACAUGCUUCGAGGGUUACACCGGCAAUGCAUUUACACAGUGCACUCCCAUCCCACAUAUUGAACAAGAUGAUCCAUGUAAUCCUUCACCAUGCGGAGCUAAUGCUGAAUGUUUCAAUGGAAAAUGCACAUGCCUUCCGGAAUUCCAAGGAGACCCCUAUUUCGGAUGUCGACCUGAAUGUGUACAAAGUUCUGAGUGUAAUAAUGAUAAAGCAUGUAUAAAGAAUAAAUGUGUCAAUCCUUGUCCAGGGCCGUGUGCGCAGAAUGCACUUUGUAAUGUUUACAAUCACAUACCGAUGUGUUCUUGUCCAGAACGCAUGGCUGGCAAUGCCUUUUUUGAAUGUCGUCCUUUAAUAGAAACUGUACCUGCAAAUCCUUGCCAACCAUCUCCAUGUGGCCCCAACAGCCAAUGUAAGGAAGGAAAUGGUCAGGCUGUGUGUUCCUGCGCGCCUAAUAACAUCGGAGCUCCACCAAAUUGUCGGCCAGAAUGUACAAUAAGCGCUGAAUGUCCAUUAAGCGAAGCUUGUAGCAAUCAGCGGUGUGUUAAUCCAUGUCUGGGCAGCUGUGGCUAUAAUGCGGAAUGCAAAGUGGUCAACCAUAACCCUAUAUGUACUUGCCCAACGUCGUUCACCGGGGAUCCUUUUACAAGAUGUUUAAAGAUUGCUGAUAAAAUACCAGAACCAGUAAACCCUUGUACACCUUCACCAUGUGGACCUAAUUCUGAAUGUAAGGAAGUAAACGGUGCCCCAGCAUGUACAUGUUUGAUCAAUUUCCACGGGCAACCACCUUACUGCAGACCUGAAUGUACAAGCAAUGAAGAAUGUUCAUUACAACAAUCUUGCGUUUACAAUAAGUGUACCAAUCCCUGCGAAGGCACCUGUGCUGUGAAUGCAGAAUGCAGGGUAGUAAGCCACUCGCCAAUAUGUUUAUGCCCGCAAGGUUUUAUUGGCGAUCCUUUCGUCCAGUGCACACCUGAACCAUUGCAGACUGAUGUAAAUCUGAGCCCUUGUUCACCGUCCCCUUGUGGUGUUAAUGCUGAAUGCAAGGAACGAAAUAAUGCUGGAUCAUGUAUGUGCAUUGAAGGGUACCUCGGUAAUCCAUACGAAGGUUGCAGACCAGAAUGCGUAGUAAACACAGAUUGUCAAUCAAACAGAGCAUGUUUGAAAAAUAAAUGUGUUGACCCAUGCCCUGGUAGUUGUGGCGUUGGUGCCACAUGUCAAGUCGUUAACCAUGCACCUUUGUGUACUUGUAUACAAGGUUUUACCGGAGAUCCUUUUAGAUACUGCGUUUACCAAGAACCACAAUUAUUGCCUGAUCCUUUGGACGUGUGUUAUCCAUCGCCCUGUGGCCCAAAUAGCCAAUGUAAAGCAGUAAAUAACCAGGCUGUGUGUUCAUGCCUCGUUGAAUAUGUAGGAUCGCCUCCGAACUGCCGUCCUGAAUGUGUAGUUAGUUCUGAAUGUCCUCACGAUAAGGCCUGUGUCAACAAAAAGUGUAUGAACCCAUGCCCCAAGCCUUGCGGACUCAAUGCAGACUGUAAAAUAAUAAAUCAUAGUCCGAUAUGCUCAUGUAAAUCAUCUUAUACUGGAGAUCCGUUUACAAUUUGCACCUUAAUCAGAAUUGAACAAUCUCCGGCUAUAAUAAAUCCAUGCUACCCAUCUCCUUGUGGUCCAAAUUCAGAAUGCAGGGAAAUCGGGAGUACACCUUCUUGUUCUUGCUUACCAACAUUCAUCGGCCAUCCACCCAACUGUAGACCAGAAUGUACAAUUCAUUCUGAUUGCUCCAGUGACCGUGCAUGUAUUAAUUCUAAAUGUCAAGACCCAUGCCCAGGCUCCUGCGGUGUAUCUGCCCUGUGUAGUGUUCAAAACCACAUUCCGAUAUGCUCUUGCAAAGAGGGUGAUAUUGGCGAUCCUUUCACUCUUUGUAAGCCACAACCAUUACAAGUCGAACCAAGUGUUAUAGACGCAUGCACCAACAUCCGCUGCGGACCAAAUGCUGAAUGUAAUAAUGGACAAUGUAUGUGUCUCGAAGGGUAUCAAGGUGACCCUUACUUUAAUUGUAGACCGGAAUGUGUAUUUAGCACGGACUGCCCUCAACAUCAAACUUGUGUUCAGAGAAAAUGCUUAGAUCCAUGUAUUGGCGCGUGUGGACAAAAUGCUAUUUGCCAAGUAGUAAAUCAUAUUCCGAUGUGUAGUUGUCAGAGCGGAUACACAGGAAAUGCUUUCGUAAUAUGUAAUAUUGUGAGAGAAAAACCAACAGAAAACCCAUGCGCCACUGCUGUAUGUGGACCUAACAGUCAGUGUCGUCAGAUCAAUAAUCAAGCUGUAUGCUCAUGUCUUCCAUCUUAUUUGGGUAUUCCUCCUGCUUGUCGUCCUGAAUGUGUUUUGAAUGCUGAAUGUGCACAAAAUCAAGCAUGCAUACAGCAGAAGUGCGUCAACCCUUGCAUUGGUGCUUGCGGUCUUCGAGCUACAUGUGAAGUCAGAAAUCAUAACCCUAUGUGCACAUGUCCAUCAACAUAUAGUGGGAAUCCUUUUGUGGAAUGUAUAUACAUUCAGAGCACUCCUGUUAUCGUCAACCCAUGCCUACCAUCGCCAUGUGGCCCAAAUUCACUAUGUCAAGAUAAUAAUGGAACUCCAUCUUGCACUUGUUUACCAGAGUUUAAAGGAACACCACCAUACUGUAAACCAGAAUGUAUUAGCAAUAGCGAAUGUCCCGUACAUCUGGCCUGUGUUAAUCAAAAAUGUAAAGAUCCCUGUAUACAAGCAUGUGGAACCCAUGCAGAAUGUCGAGUAGUUAGUCACUCGUCAAUGUGCGUUUGCCCUCAAGGAUAUAGCGGUGAUCCCUUCACCCAAUGUUUAGUCUCGCAUACGGAAAUUCCAACACCAUGCACACCUUCUCCUUGUGGGCCCAAUGCUGUAUGUAGAGAGCAAAAUAGGGUAGGAUCAUGUGUUUGUAAUGAAGGGUAUUUUGGAAAUCCAUAUGAAGGAUGCCGACCCGAAUGUGUAAGCGACUCUGACUGUCCAGGAAAUAGAGCUUGUUUAAAUAAUAAAUGUCAGGAUCCUUGUCCGGGCACCUGUGGAAUAAAUGCUGAGUGCACAACUAUAAAUCAUGCUCCGAGAUGUACUUGUUUAUCAGGAUUUACUGGAGAUGCAAUUAGACGAUGUUAUUCUGUACCUAUUCAAGAUGUCACUCGAAUUAAUGUUUGUCAUCCGAGUCCAUGCGGACCCAAUAGUGUAUGUAAAGAAAUCAACGGUCAAGCUGUAUGCAGUUGCUUGCCAAAUUACGUCGGUAUUCCACCUUCAUGCAAGCCAGAGUGCACUCUUAAUUCAAAUUGCCCUUCGGAUAAAGCCUGUAUAAACCAAAAAUGCAUAGACCCUUGUCCUGGUACAUGUGGUCAGAAAGCGGACUGCCGAGUGUUUAAUCACAAUCCAAUAUGUAGCUGUAGAUCUGGAUUUACUGGAGAUCCUUUCACUAGAUGUUACACAAAACCUAUGCCUCAACCGCAGCUAGAUGAAAAUAGAGAUCCUUGUGUACCUUCUCCAUGCGGACCAAAUGCUGAAUGCCGAAAUAUUGGUGGACAACCAUCUUGCUCUUGUUUAAACAAUUUUAUAGGAAGCCCACCUAAUUGUCGACCUGAAUGUGUUACAAAUCAAGAUUGUAUCAGUUCUCUCGCAUGUAUAAAUGAAAAAUGUAAAGAUCCGUGUCCUGGCUCGUGCGGACAAAACGCAAUAUGCACUGUUAUGAAACAUAUUUCUAUUUGUACUUGCCAUGAAGGAUAUAAAGGUGAUCCAUUUACUGGCUGCCAUCUAGAACCAAUUCAAGUUGUGCCCGCUGACCUUUGUAACCCCUCACCAUGUGGAGCAAAUGCAAAUUGUAAUAAUGGAGAGUGCACUUGUCUGCCAGAAUAUCACGGAGACCCAUAUAUAGCUUGCCGACCUGAAUGCACAGUUAGUUCAGACUGUCAAAGAAACCAAAUUUGUGUUAACAUGAAAUGCAAAAACCCUUGUCCAGAUACUUGUGGCGUUAAUGCAAUUUGCGAAGUUGUUAACCAUAUACCGAUGUGCAGCUGUCCUACGGGUUAUACAGGCAAUUCUUUUGUAGCUUGCAAUAUUAAUCCUGUGCCUUUACCAUCUAAUCCCUGUAAUCCUUCGCCAUGUGGACCAAACAGUCAAUGUAGAGAGAUCAAUAGUGUGGCGGUUUGCUCCUGUAUACCAGGGUUUUCAGGAAAUCCGCCAACGUGUAGACCUGAGUGUACAACCAGUGCAGAAUGUCCGCUAAAUAAAGCAUGCAACAAUUACAAAUGCGUUGAUCCAUGUAAAGGUGCUUGCGGUAUUAAUGCUCUUUGUGAAGUCGUGAACCACAACCCGAUUUGUUCUUGUCCAAGAGAUUUUACAGGAGAUCCAUUUACAAGAUGUAUUACAAAACCACUUCAAGUUCCUGUGCAAAUAAACCCUUGUGUACCGUCACCAUGCGGCCCAAAUUCAGUGUGUCAAGCUAUUACCGACUCGCCAUCGUGCUCUUGUAUGCCCGACUUCAUUGGAAAUCCACCAAAUUGCCGCCCUGAAUGUACUAGUAACAGUGAAUGUUCCAAUGAUUUAGCCUGUAUAAAUAAUAGAUGUGCGGACCCUUGCAUUGGUGCAUGUGGUUCGAUGUCACUUUGCCGCGUCACGAGUCAUACACCCAAUUGCGUAUGUCCACAAGGAUAUUUCGGAGAUCCAUUUAUACAAUGUCAUCUACAACCUAUUGAAAAUGCUCUGGAAAAUUUAACACCAUGUUCACCGUCACCAUGUGGAAGUAACGCCAUCUGUAAAGAACGAAAUAACAUAGGGUCAUGUAUCUGUUCGGAUGGAUAUUUUGGAAACCCCUACGAAGGUUGUAGACCAGAAUGUACUGUUAAUACGGAUUGCCCAUCGAACAAAAUAUGUCAACAAAAUAAAUGUCAGGACCCAUGUCCUGGUGCAUGUGGUGAAAAUGCCCUAUGUCAUGCCGUUAACCACGUUCCCAUUUGCACAUGUGUAGCUGGAUACACAGGAAAUCCGUUCCAGAAAUGUAUUAUAAGACAACUAGAGGUGAUUACUAAACCGUGCACUCCGUCUCCUUGUGGACUAAAUAGCGUCUGUAAAGUAGUUAAUGAUCAGGCCGUAUGUAGUUGUCUGCCCGAAUAUAGAGGUGCUCCUCCAAACUGUCGACCCGAAUGUAUUGUCAGUGCCGAAUGUCCAGUGAACCGUGCUUGUGAUAAUCAGAAAUGUGUUGAUCCAUGUAAAAGACAAUGUGGACUGAAUACCAAUUGUCAAGUGAUAAAUCACAGCCCUAUUUGCUCCUGUAUUGAACGCUAUACUGGCGAUCCAUUCAGCCGAUGUUACCCAAUUAUCUUAAGUAUGCCUAGUCAAGUUGAACCUAGAAAUCCUUGUUUACCUUCACCUUGCGGACCUUUUAGUGAAUGCAGAGAUAUAGGCCAAAUUCCAUCUUGCACUUGUUUGCCAAACUAUAUCGGAGCACCUCCAGCAUGCCGGCCAGAGUGUGUUAUUAAUUCUGAUUGCCCCAGUAAUUUGGCAUGCAUAAAUCAAAAAUGUGCAGAUCCUUGUCCAGGCUCAUGUGGAAUAAAUGCUCAAUGUUCUGUAAAUAGGAAUAUGCCUAUUUGCUCUUGCCUUGACAAUUACGUAGGUGAUGCUUUCACGGAAUGCAAAUUACAAGAUGUCAUUCAAGAUGAAAUUGAUGCAUGUAAUCCAUCGCCUUGCGGACCUAAUGCAGUCUGUAACAAUGGCGAAUGUACAUGUUUGCCUGAAUAUCAUGGUGAUCCGUACUUCGAAUGUCGUCCAGAAUGUGUCCUGAGUACAGACUGUCCACUAAACAAGGCUUGUCUUCGUAACAAAUGCUUUAAUCCUUGUAACAGUGGCGUUUGUGCAGCAACUGCACUAUGUGAAGUAAUAAAUCAUGUACCAAUGUGCAGAUGUCCCGAACGUAUGACAGGAAAUGCUUUUAUUCAGUGUUCACCAUUAGAAGUUGUUCGCCUUGAGCCAUGCCAACCAAACCCUUGUGGCCCAAAUAGUCAAUGUCGUGAUAUUAAUGGGCAGGCGGUAUGUUCAUGCCUUGUCGGCUUUAUAGGAAGCCCACCCUCCUGCAGGGCAGAAUGCAUAGUGAGCACUGAUUGUUCGCCCAGUCAAGCUUGUAGCAACAGAAAAUGUAUUGACCCAUGCCAAGGCACGUGUGGCAUUGCAGCUAAAUGCCAAGUCAUAAAUCAUAAUCCGAUAUGUUCAUGUCCAGGACGUUACACCGGAAAUCCUUUCGCCAGAUGUUUUGUUUUAGAUUUUAAACCGGAACCGAUAAAUCCAUGCAUACCGUCACCAUGUGGACCUAAUUCCAUCUGUAAAGAAAUAUCUGAAAAUCCUUCAUGUUCUUGUAUGACUGGCUAUUUAGGAUCUCCACCUCAUUGCAAGCCGGAAUGCAUAAGUAAUAACGAAUGUCCGUCUAAUCAUGCUUGCAUUAACGAAAAAUGCGCUGACCCAUGUCCAGGAUCUUGUGGUAGUAAUACUGAAUGUCAUGUAAUCAGUCACUCGCCCUCAUGUUCUUGUUUGCCCGAUUAUACUGGCGAUCCAUUUACACAUUGCCACAGAACUGCAAUAGUACCAGAAGUUGUAAGCCCUUGUCAACCUUCUCCAUGCGGCGCGAAUGCUGUUUGUAAAGAGUUCAACGGAGCAGGGUCUUGUACAUGUUUGCCAGAAUAUAUUGGAAAUCCUUAUGAAGGCUGUAGACCAGAGUGUGUCCUUAACACUGAUUGUACAUCAGAUAAGGCAUGUAUAAGAAAUAAAUGCGCAGAUCCAUGUCCUGGUGCCUGUGCUCCUAAUGCCUUGUGCCAAGUUGUAAAUCACGCCCCUUCAUGCUCUUGCGACCGAGGAUUCACUGGGGAUCCAUUCCGCUUUUGUGUUGCUGAACAAAUACUGGAAAUGCCUGUUGAUGUAUGUCAACCAUCACCUUGUGGACCGAACAGUAGAUGCCAGGAAGUUAAUAAACAAGCGGUAUGCUCCUGUUUACCUAAUUACAUCGGAACUCCACCUAGUUGCCACCCAGAGUGUACAGUAAGCUCUCAAUGCCCUAGAGAUAAAGCUUGCAUAAAUCAAAAAUGCCAAAAUCCAUGCGUUGAUGCUUGUGGUUUGAACACGGAAUGUAGGGUAAUAAAUCACAGUCCAAUCUGUCAGUGCAAACAAAGAUAUACAGGAGAUCCGUUUACGAGAUGUAAUCCUAUUCAACCUCCGUUAUCUAAUCCAGAUUUAGAACCGUACAAAAAUCCAUGCGUUCCAUCACCUUGUGGUCCUAAUUCUCUUUGUAAGGAAAUAGGAUCCGUACCGUCUUGCACUUGUAUGGCUAACUAUGUUGGGAGUCCACCAAAUUGUCGACCUGAGUGUACGAUUAAUGCUGAGUGCCCAGCGUCUCAAGCUUGUAUACAACAGAAAUGUCGCGAUCCUUGUUUAGGCUCGUGCGGCAUAGGUGCUAUAUGCUCAGUAUCUCAACAUGUGCCGAUAUGCAUUUGCCCCGAAGGAUACGCUGGUGAUGCUUUUACAGCAUGCUCACCGAAGCCGCCAGAAAAUGAUGCCACGGAUAAGUGUGAACCAUCUCCUUGUGGACCAAAUGCUAUCUGUAAUGAUGGGAUAUGUACUUGUCUAGAAGAACACCAAGGAGAUCCAUAUAUCGGAUGUCGACCGGAAUGUGUCUUGAGCUCCGAUUGUCCGAGGAAUAAAGCAUGUUCCAAAAAUAAGUGUAUCAACCCUUGUGAAGGCACAUGUGCUUCUAAUGCUAUUUGCGAUGUAAUAAACCAUAUUCCAAUGUGUAGUUGCCCUCAAGGAAUGACAGGCAACGCUUUUUAUAACUGCGACCCUAUCAAAGUGCCUAUAUCAACAAAUCCCUGCUAUCCAUCUCCUUGUGGUCCGAAUAGUCAAUGCAAAGAAAUAAGUGGACAAGCUGUAUGCACCUGUGUAGUAGGUUAUAUAGGAAGCCCACCACUAUGUCGACCGGAAUGCGUCGUUAGCUCUGACUGUCCACUUAACAAAGCUUGUAGCAAUCAGAAAUGUAUUAACCCUUGCAUAGGAUCUUGUGGUGUAGGAGCAAAGUGUAAUGUAGUAAAACACAACCCUAUCUGUACAUGUCCUUCGAAAUAUACAGGGGAUCCGUUUAUCAGAUGUGUGCCUUUUAAGCCGGUAGAUGUUAAUGUAACACCUUGCGUACCCUCACCGUGUGGACCAAACUCAAUUUGCAAAGUCAUUGGAGAAACUCCUUCGUGUACUUGUAUGCCUGAUUUCUUUGGUUCGCCCCCACAUUGUAGACCAGAAUGUAGUAGCAACGGUGAAUGUCCUUCGAAUCUAGCCUGCGUUAAUCAAAGAUGUAAAGAUCCGUGUACAAAUGCUUGCGGUGUAAACGCACAAUGUAAAGCGAUCAGUCACUCCCCGAUGUGUUUCUGCGAAAAUGGAUACAUUGGAGAUCCUUUCUCUAGUUGCAUCAUACAACAAGAUAUUCUCAUCGAAAAACCAAAACCAUGCCAACCUUCGCCUUGUGGACCUAAUGCUAUCUGCAAAGAAUAUAAAAACGCUGGGUCUUGUAUAUGUCUUUCUGAUUAUAUUGGAAAUCCUUAUGAAGGUUGUCGACCAGAAUGUACUGUUAAUACAGACUGUUUAUCAAAUAAAGCAUGCAUAAGAAACAAAUGUCAAGAUCCAUGCCCAGGUACAUGUGGAUUAAUAGCAACAUGUGUUGUAGUUAAUCAUUUGCCAGUUUGCUCCUGUCCACCUGGAUAUAAUGGAGAUCCAUAUGUACAAUGUCGUGUGGAAACAGAAUUAAUUCCUUCGCCAGCUACACCAUGCGUACCAAAUCCAUGCGGGUCCAAUAGUAUUUGUCGUCCAGUAAACGGACAAAGUGUUUGUUCGUGUAUGCCUAACUACAUUGGAUCACCUCCUGGCUGUCGACCAGAGUGCACAAUUAGUUCAGAAUGUACAUCAGAAAAAGCAUGUGUAAAUAAAAAAUGUGUCGAUCCCUGUCCCGGACAUUGUGGAUUAAAUGCUAAUUGCAGAGUAAUUAAUCACAGCCCAAUAUGCUCAUGCAAGUUUGGUUUUAUUGGCGAUCCGUUUAUUCGCUGCUUCGUACAACCAACUGCACCAGUAGAGUCUGAACCUUAUCGAAAUCCUUGUGUUCCAAACCCUUGUGGCGAGAACGCAAUUUGCCGUGAUAUAAAUGGAACGCCAUCUUGUAGCUGUAUGCAAAAUUACCAAGGUCAACCUCCAAACUGUAGACCAGAAUGUGCAAUUAAUCAAGAUUGUCCUUCAAAUAAAGCAUGUGUAAAUAUGAAGUGCAUGGAUCCAUGCCCUGGUAGUUGCGGUCAAAAUAGUAUUUGUACCGUAUUUAAUCAUCAUCCAGCUUGCACAUGUCAACAAAGUUACACGGGCGACCCGUUCUCAUAUUGUGUUCCAAUCCCACCUAUUCAAGAUGAAAUUCCAUCAGAUCCAUGUAAUCCAUCGCCUUGCGGAUUCAAUACCAAUUGCAGAGACGGCAUAUGCACGUGUUUAGAAGAGUAUCAAGGAGAUCCUUAUGUAGGUUGCACACCAGAAUGUGUAGUCAACAUGGAUUGUAAUUUGGACAAAGUUUGUUCUCGGAAUAAAUGUGUCAACCCAUGUCCGGACAUAUGUGCCACGAGUGCUAAUUGUAACGUAUAUAAUCAUAUACCAAUUUGCACAUGCCCGGAGGGAAGUACAGGAAAUGCUUUCAUUGAAUGCCAUCCCUUCGAAAUUAUCAAAGUCGAACCUUGUGAUCCAAAUCCAUGUGGUCCAAAUAGCCAGUGCAGAAAUACAAAUAAUCAAGCAGCCUGCUCAUGUUUACCCACGUAUAUUGGGAGCCCUCCAACCUGCAGGCCAGAAUGUACAAUAAGUGCUGAAUGCCCCCGAAAUGAGGCUUGCAAUAACCAUAAAUGUAUAAAUCCCUGCAUAGGAACAUGUGGUUAUGGAGCCAGAUGUGAAGUCAUUAAUCAUAAUCCCAUAUGUUCAUGUCCAUCAGAAUACACAGGAGAUCCGUUUACACGCUGUAUUGCUAUAGUAGCUGCACCUUUACCGCCGGUCGAUCCAUGCACACCAUCUCCAUGUGGACCCUAUUCUAUAUGCAAAGUUAUAGGAGAAUCUCCAUCCUGUACCUGUCAAUCAAAUUACAUUGGCUCUCCACCUAAUUGUCGCCCAGAAUGUGUCAGCAAUUCUGAAUGUCCCAGCAAUACAGCCUGUAUUAAUCAGAAAUGUAGAGAUCCCUGUCCGGGUAGCUGUGGUUACAAUGCUGACUGUAAAGUAAUAAGCCAUGCUUUAGUUUGCACUUGUCCUUUUGAUCAAACAGGUGACCCUCUGGUUUCUUGUAAUAAAAUAACAGAAAUUUCAAUCGAAUACAAUUCUCCGUGUGAACCUUCUCCUUGUGGAUUAAAUGCUGAGUGUUUAGAACGGAACGGAGCUGGAUCUUGCAUAUGUAUCGCAGCUUAUGUUGGUAAUCCGUAUGAAGGAUGUCGGCCAGAAUGUAUUAUCAAUAGUGAUUGUCCGCCAAUGUUAGCCUGCGUCCAAAACAAAUGUAGCGACCCUUGUCCUGGUGUUUGCGCUAGGAACGGGAUAUGCCAAGUUGUGAAUCAUUUACCAUCCUGUUACUGCCCACCAGGUUUAACUGGCAAUGCGUACACAUAUUGUGUUGAAAAAACAGAAGAUUUUACCAAACCUGCGCCUUGUACUCCCACGCCCUGUGGUCCAAAUAGUCAAUGUCGCGAAGUAAAUUCUCAAGCUGUAUGCAGCUGCCAGGAUGAUUUCGUAGGAACUCCACCAAACUGUAGACCUGAAUGUACUAUAAAUAGUGAGUGUACAGUUGACAAAGCCUGCAUUAAUCGAAAAUGUGUAGAUCCAUGCAUAAGUCAAUGUGCAAGAAAUGCCAAUUGCAAAGUGAUUGCUCAUAACCCGAUGUGCUUCUGCACAGAACGCUACACUGGUGAUCCGUUUACCAAUUGUGUACCAAUGCCGAUAGUUGACCCAGUACCAGAACCUAAUGUACAUCCUUGCAUACCGUCACCUUGCGGACCAAAUUCAGAAUGUCAAGAAUAUAACGGAGUAGCACGUUGUACUUGCCUCAAAAACUAUAUUGGAGCACCACCACGAUGCCGACCGGAAUGUACUAUAAAUUCCGAAUGUAGUGCUAUUACAGCAUGCAUCAAUAAUAAAUGUAUUGACCCUUGCCCGGGAGCCUGUGGAAACAAUGCACAAUGUAAUGUUUAUAACCAUGGCCCCAUAUGUUCAUGUUUACCUGGUUAUUCUGGAGAUCCUUUCAGUAGUUGCGUUAUACAGCAAGAUGUGGAACCUGUAGAUCCUUGUUUGCCGUCACCGUGUGGUGCUAAUGCCAUUUGUCAAGAUGGAAUCUGUUCCUGUCUAGCGGAAUAUUACGGUGACCCUUACUUUGGAUGUAAGCCGGAAUGUGUACUAAACUCUGAUUGUCCACGUGACAAGGCUUGUAUAAAGAACAAGUGUAAAGAUCCUUGCUUUGGAAUAUGUGGAACUGAUGCAAUAUGCGAAGUUUUCAAUCAUAUACCUAUGUGUUCUUGCCCAACUGGAUUUACUGGAGCUCCUUUCCAAUAUUGUACAAAAAUAAAUGAACCUUCCAUACCAACGAAUUUAUGUGAACCCUCUCCUUGUGGACCUAAUAGCCAAUGCAGAGCAGUAAACGGACAUGCAGUUUGUGUUUGUGUUACUGGUUAUAAAGGAAGUCCACCAAAUUGCAGACCAGAAUGUGUUGUUAGUUCUGACUGCAAAUUAAAUCAAGCGUGUUCUAAUCAGAAAUGUAUAGAUCCGUGUCCAGGGGCGUGUGGGCGUAACGCUCAAUGCAUAGUCGUCAACCAUAAUCCUAUAUGCACGUGUUUGCCAGGAUAUUCAGGCGAUCCAUUUUCAACAUGCCAAUUUAUCCCUGCAAUACCGCCAAUAAAAAUAAACCCCUGCCUUCCCUCACCUUGUGGACCUAAUUCGGAAUGCACUGAGAGUGAAAAUAAUGCACAGUGUAGAUGUUUACGUGAAUUCAUCGGUGCCCCACCAAAUUGUAGACCUGAAUGCACAAGCAAUAGCGAAUGUUCAACUAAUAUGGCUUGUAUCAAUCAAAAAUGCCGAGACCCUUGCCCAGGUUCUUGUGGUUUGAAUGCUGAAUGCAGAGUUGUAAGUCAUACGCCGAUUUGCCAGUGUCAGAUCGGUUUUGCCGGAGACCCAUUCAUAUCCUGCAACAUUAUAAUUGCCAGUUCAAUUCAAGAAAGGCCAACACCAUGUGUCCCUUCACCUUGCGGUGCUAACGCUGAAUGUCAUGAACGUAACAAUGCAGGGUCGUGCACUUGUAUACCUGGCUAUUUCGGAAACCCGUACGAAAAUUGUAAACCAGAAUGCACAAUAAACUCAGAUUGUCCGUCAAACCUUGCUUGUAUACAAAAUAAAUGCAAAGAUCCUUGUCCUGGUACUUGUGGAAUAAAUGCUCAAUGUAAUGUAAUUAACCAUAUUGCAAGUUGUUCCUGUUUAGAAAAUUAUUACGGUGAUCCAUAUCAAAUAUGCAAUUACAAGCAACAAGACGAAACAACAGACCCUUGUAAUCCUUCCCCAUGCGGUCCGAACAGUCAAUGUAAAUCUCAAAGUGGAUUAGCAAUAUGUACUUGUUUAAGCGGAUAUCAAGGAUCACCACCCAUGUGUCGACCCGAAUGUGUAACUAGCUCCGAAUGUCCGCUUGAUAAAAUCUGUGAAGAGCUCAAAUGCAUAACCCCCUGUCCGAGAAGCUGCGGAAUAAACACUGAUUGUAGAGUAAUCAAACAUAGUCCUAUUUGUAGCUGUAAACAGGGUUAUACCGGGGAUCCAUUCUCCGUUUGUUAUAUAAUACCUGAUAGAAAGCCAAUACUUAUAGAACAGGUAGAUCCCUGUGUACCAUCUCCGUGUGGACUGAAUGCAGAUUGCCGGAAUAUUGGAGGCAUACCAUCAUGUACUUGUACAAUUGGUUUCAUUGGCAGCCCGCCGAAUUGUAGACCAGAAUGCGUUAUUAAUGACGAUUGCAGUAAUGAUAAAGCUUGUAUUAAUACCAAGUGUCAAAACCCAUGCCUCGGUUCAUGUGGAAUAAAUGCAUUAUGCAAUGUAAUAAAACAUGUUCCGGUCUGUUCAUGUCCAUCGGGAUACGAGGGCAAUCCAUUCUCAGCGUGUACUUUGAAACCUCAAGAAACUGAGCCACAACCUGAUCCAUGCCAUCCGUCACCAUGUGGUGCUAACGCCGAAUGUAAUAAUGGAGUUUGUAAAUGUUUACCGGAAUAUCAUGGAGACCCAUAUUUCGGUUGUAGACCUGAAUGUGUACUUAAUACUGAUUGCCCCUUAGACAGAACAUGCUUACGUUUCAAAUGUGUGGACCCUUGUCGGGACAUGUGUGGUCUUAAUGCAGAAUGCAAUGUGUAUAAUCACAUUGCUAUUUGUAGUUGUCCCCAGGACAUGACGGGUAAUGCGUUCACACAAUGCACACCAAUAGAAAAACCGGUAAUCACAAAUCCAUGCCGACCAUCUCCAUGUGGGCCCAACAGUGUUUGUCGUGAUUUCAAUAAUCAAGCGAUAUGUGCUUGUAUACAAGGAUUUGUAGGCAAUUCUCCUAACUGCAGACCAGAGUGUAUUCAAAGCACUGAUUGCCCUCCUUCUCAAGCAUGCAUUAAUCAAAAAUGUCAAGAUCCAUGUCCUGGUUCCUGUGGCUCAAAUGCUCUAUGUAAUGUUUAUAACCAUAAUCCUAUAUGCAGUUGUCCAGCAAAAUACAGUGGUUCACCUUUUACGCAUUGCUAUGUUGUGAUAGACGAUGCUCCACCUAAAAGUCCUUGUACGCCGUCACCAUGUGGACCAAAUAGCAUCUGUAAAGUAGUUGGAGAAGGCAACUCACCGAUCUGUUCCUGUCUACCUACAUUCGAUGGCACCCCACCAGGAUGUAAAAGAGAAUGCACAGCGAAUGAUGAAUGCCCAAUGGACAAAGCAUGUAUUAAUUAUAAAUGUGUGGACCCAUGUCCUGGCUCGUGUGGUAUUAAUACCUUGUGCAGCGUUCAUCUACACAGCCCAAUGUGUUCCUGUCAGAAUGGCUACACAGGCGAUCCAUUCACAUCAUGCUAUCAAGAACUACCUAAGCCUACUCCUGUAAACCCAUGUAAUCCAUCACCUUGUGGUGCAAACGCGCGUUGUAAAGUGUCAACAAACGGAGCAGCGGCUUGUCUGUGUGAACUUGGUUAUUUUGGCAAUCCUUACGAAUCUUGCAGACCAGAGUGCACAGUGAAUUCUGAUUGUCCAUAUAAUAAGAUGUGCUUAAGAAAUAAAUGCCAAGAUCCAUGUCCAGGAACUUGUGGGCCAACAGCUAUUUGCCAAGUCAUUAAUCACAUUCCAGUAUGUAGCUGUGCAACAGGAUAUACAGGAAAUCCAUACACAUAUUGUCAUAUAAUAUUGGAUGUACCAGUGUCAAUGCCACAAGACCCAUGCAUGCCUAAUCCAUGUGGCAGUAAUUCAAUUUGUAAGAAUAAUAAUGGUCAAGUGUCAUGUUCAUGCAUGCCUGACUUUUUCGGAUCACCUCCGAAUUGUCGACCAGAGUGUACGAUCAACUCGGAAUGUGAGGCUACGAAGACCUGUAUAAAACAAAAAUGUGUUGAUCCAUGUGUCGGUGUCUGUGGGGUAAAUGCUGAAUGUAGAGCUGUCAACCAUGCACCAAUCUGUAGUUGUAGACAGGACUUUGAAGGCGACCCAUUCAUACGAUGUACACCUAUAAGACAACUACCCGCACCGGAAUUAAAUCCGUGUGUACCCUCACCAUGCGGUCCGAAUUCAGUCUGUCAAGUGACAAACAAAAUACCGGUGUGUAUAUGCAUGGACACAUACAUUGGAUCGCCACCUAAUUGUAAACCCGAAUGCACAAUAAAUUCCGAUUGCGCUAGUGACAAGGCGUGUAUCAAUAAUAAAUGCCGUGACCCUUGUGUCGGAUCUUGUGGUCUACAAACUGAAUGUCACGUGUACCAACAUGCUGCAGUAUGCAGUUGCAAAGAAGGAUUCACCGGAAAUCCUUUCCAAAGUUGUGGCAUUGUAGAACACAUAGAACCAGUGCCCACAGUAUUUGAUAAAUGCAAUCCAAGCCCGUGUGGUUCUAAUGCUGACUGUAAUGAAGGCGUAUGUACAUGCAGAUCUAGUUAUUUCGGCAAUCCAUAUUUAAGUUGCCGACCUGAAUGUACGCAUAAUUCAGAUUGCGCAUUAAAUCGUGCUUGCCACAAUAACAAAUGUGAAGACCCUUGCAUUAAUCUGUGUGGUCAAGGAGCAUUAUGCGAUGUCUACAAUCAUAUUCCAAUGUGUAGCUGUCCAACGAAUACUACAGGAAAUGCUUUCUUCUCCUGUUCUGCAAUUAUAGCACCUCCAGUACAAAACCCUUGCGUUCCUUCUCCGUGUGGCCCAAACAGUAUAUGCCGUACUGUUUACGAGCAAGCAAUGUGUUCGUGUUUGAUAGGCUACAUCGGUGUUCCACCUUCAUGCAGACCUGAAUGUUUAGUAGACUCUGAUUGUACUACAACGAUGUCAUGUUCAAAUCAGAAAUGUGUCAAUCCAUGUCAAGGUUCAUGUGGAUUAAAUGCUGAGUGCAAAGUUCACAACCACAAACCCAUUUGUUAUUGCCCGAAUGGCUAUAAUGGCGAUCCGUUUACCCGAUGCACAAUUAUAAUUCAAACUGAACCACCACGCCCACGUAAGCCCUGCGAGCCAUCACCAUGUGGACCAAAUUCUGUAUGCAGAGUUGUUGGUGAUUCACCGACAUGUUCGUGUGUAUCAGGUUUUAUAGGCAACCCUCCGUACUGUCGUCCAGAAUGUAUAACAAACAGCGAAUGCAGUUUUGAUAAAGCCUGCGUUAGCAAAAAAUGUGUUGAUCCAUGCAUAGGAGCAUGUGGCAAAAGUGCUGAUUGUCGAGUGAUAAGUCAUUCCCCACAGUGCGUAUGUCGAACAGGCUAUGAAGGCGAUGCGUUUGAUCAAUGUGUACCUAUUCGCUCUCAAACACCAGUAGAACCUGCUAAGCCAUGCUCACCAAAUCCUUGUGGUCUUAAUGCCAUAUGCCAAGAACGCAAUAACGUCGGUAGUUGUACAUGUUCUCCUGGUUUCUUCGGUAAUCCGUAUGAAGGGUGCAGACCGGAAUGUGUUGUAAAUUCUGAUUGCUCGGAUAACUUGGCCUGCGUCAUAAACAAAUGUCAAGAUCCUUGCCCAGGUCUUUGUGGAACAAAUGCACUUUGCCAGGUAGUUAAUCAUGUGCCUAACUGCAUUUGUGUACACGGCUACGUCGGAAAUCCUUACGAUAAUUGUAUUCUUAGAACAGAAGAUAAACCGGUGGACCCUUGCAAACCUUCACCGUGUGGACCUUACAGCACGUGUCAAGUGACGAAUAAUCAAGCUAACUGCAGAUGUCUUGCAGAAUAUACUGGCGUUCCACCGAAUUGUCGUCCUGAAUGUUUGACAAGCCCGGAAUGUCCAUUGAAUAAAGCAUGCGUACAGAAAAAAUGCGUCGACCCAUGCAUUGGUACAUGCGGUCAGAAUGCAGAAUGUCAAGUUCAUCGUCACAGCCCAUACUGUAAAUGUACAACUGGUUAUGAGGGAGAUCCAUUUACGAUAUGCAGGAAACCAAUAUUAACACCUACCACCUAUCAGUCCCCCUGCGAUCCUAACCCUUGUGGGCCUUUCUCGAUGUGUAAAGAAGUUAAUGGAGCUGCAAUAUGUAGUUGUAAUGCAGGGUACAUUGGUGCACCUCCACAUUGUUCACCAGAAUGUACUAUUAAUGAGGAUUGUCCCAAUGAUAAGGCUUGUGUUCGGGAAAAAUGCAUCGAUCCCUGUGUGGGCUCCUGUGGACCAAAUACUUAUUGCCGAGCUAUGAAUCAUCUGGCUAUUUGUACUUGUAUUCCUGGCUAUCGUGGCAAUUCUUUCGAAGGUUGUUACAUUCUUAAAGAUCCGGAAAUACCUCCUCCUCUGGAUCCAUGUGUAGUAUCGCCUUGUGGAAGCAAUGCCAUUUGUGACAAUGGGACGUGCUCUUGCAUAAGUGGUUAUCACGGCAAUCCCAAGAUAGAAUGCCGUCCAGAAUGUACUAACGACAACGAAUGCUCAAAACAGAUGGCUUGUGUGCAUUAUAAAUGUGUAAAUCCAUGUAUAAACGCUUGUGGUCUAGAUGCUGUGUGUAACGUUUAUAAUCACCUUGCUAUCUGUGAAUGUCCCACACCAUUACAAGGAGAUCCGUUCCUAGCAUGUCGUCGUAAAUUUGAAUUAACCGUGUCAGACCCUUGCACACCCAAUCCGUGCGGGCCUAAUAGUAUCUGCCGCGCUGCCGGUACUGUUGCGCACUGCUCGUGUCGUCCGGCUACGAGUGAGGAGCGUGGCCCCGGCUGCCAAGCUGAGUGCCGCCGCGAUAGCGACUGUCCCCAAGACCGAGCUUGUCGUAACAGCAAGUGCCGCGAUCCUUGCCCUGGUGCCUGUGGAGCGCACGCAGUUUGCCGUACCAACUUCCAUUCACCUAUUUGCUCCUGUCCCGUUAACUAUAUUGGAGAUCCUUUCGUUCGCUGUUUACCAGCACCGAUUAACACGGAGCCGAAGUCUGCGUGCUCCGAAUGCGGUCUGAACGCUGAUUGCAUCAACAAUCAGUGUCAUUGCAAAGAAAAUUACCUUGGUUCACCUCCAUUCUGCCGCCCUGAGUGCAUAAGUCCUAGCGACUGUGGCAUUCGUCUAACAUGUAUCAACAAGCGUUGUGUUGAUCCCUGCCCUGGAGCUUGCGGUUUCGGCGCUCAGUGCACACCAAUAGCACAUCAACCCCGCUGCGAUUGUCCUCCCACAACAACCGGGAAUCCACUUAUGGAAUGUCGUCCUGUCAAGAUCAUCCCAAAACCAAACGAUCCAUGCACCCCAUCCCCAUGUGGUCCGGGUGCUAUUUGCCGCACGAGAGGAACAGGGGCAUCUUGCGAAUGUGAGGCGGGUCUUCAUGGCGAUCCCUACACAGGGUGUCGUCCAGAAUGUAUCGCAGAUUCAGACUGCUCUCCGUCGCGAGCAUGCAUUCGUUCAAAAUGCCGCGAUCCCUGCCAAGGAACUUGUGGUGUCGGUGCAGAAUGCGAGACAGUCAACCACAUACCACUUUGUUCAUGCCCUACCGGAACUAAAGGAAAUGCCUUUGAAAAAUGUGAUAUUAUUGCUACAGCGCCGCCGUGCACUCCAUCACCUUGCGGCCCAGGAGCGAUUUGCUCAGUAUCAGGAAACAAUGCAGUUUGUUCGUGCCCAACUGGCACUAAUGGUGAUGCUGCAGCAGGGGGCUGUCGACCUGAAUGUGUUGUCAGCUCGGAAUGCCCUCGUGACCUUGCAUGUGUGCGCAAUAAGUGCAUCAACCCGUGUGUGGGCGCUUGCGGCAAUGGCGCCCAAUGCCGCGUUAUCGAUCAUGCUCCCAUAUGCUCGUGUCCUGCACUAACAAGCGGUGAUCCAUUCUUGGAAUGCCGAACUAUAGAAACAUCUGUUUACGAUGACCCUUGCGAUCCAAAUCCGUGUGGACCACAUGGAACAUGCCGCGAUGGGUUCUGCACCUAUCCAGAAUGCAUUGUCAACGAUGACUGUAGCGGAGAUCGGGCGUGUAUCAACCGCAAAUGCACUGAUCCAUGCGUCAACGCCUGCGGUCUCAAUGCGUUAUGUACAGUUGUCAGACACGGUGCUGUCUGUUCUUGUCCAGUCGGAUACACCGGCUCUCCAUUUGUACGUUGCGAACGUAUCUUAAUACCAACUCCACCACCUCAAGUACCAGAAUGUACCAAUGACAACCAAUGCCCUGAUAAUGCCGCUUGUGUAGAUACACACUGCACACCAGUUUGCGGUCCAAAUAAUUGCGGUGUUAAUGCUCGCUGCUUAGGAAAACAACACAGAGCUCGAUGUACCUGUUUACCUGGUUAUGAAGGAGACGCCUAUAGAGGAUGUUAUUCAGUUCAAUGUCACAGCAACAACGACUGCCCAGACGAUGAAAGUUGUGAAGGCAAUUCUUGCAUUAAAGUAUGCACACGCAUACGAUGCGGUAUCAACUCCCACUGUGUAGCUCGAGGUCACAUUGCAUCGUGCGAAUGCGACCCCGGCUCUCGUGGCAAUCCUUGGACUGGAUGCCGCACUUACGAGUGCACGGUACAUGAAGAUUGCGCCUCCUGGUUGGCUUGUAGGGAUGGAUCCUGUCAGGACCCGUGCCCAGGAGCUUGCGCCCCUGGAGCGCUUUGCACAGCUGUACGUCAUACACCAAAUUGCGAGUGUCCACGGGGUACUAUUGGAAAUCCAAAGAUUGAAUGUAAACAAGUACUUGAAACUGUCGAAUGUGAGAAAGACGCCGAUUGUGGACCUGGCCUAGCAUGUCUGCAAGGAAACUGUCAAAAUCCCUGUGAGACUACAUCUUGCGGUGUGCGAGCUGUGUGUCGCGUUGCAAACACACUACCUUUCCGUACCCUCAUAUGCGAGUGUCCCAAACCACUUAGUGGAGAUGCAUCAGUACAAUGCAACCCAAGAGGAGAAUGCACUUCGAAUUCAGACUGCGAUGACGAAGAGACAUGCUUGAACGGUAGAUGCACAGACGCGUGUACCACUACAACGUGCGGUGUUGGUGCUGAAUGUCGCGCUAUGUCGCACGUCGCAUCAUGCCAUUGCGUGCCUCCGCUACAAGGAAACCCCGCGGUUGGAUGCACAACACCUGGUCAACAAGCAGAGUGCAUAUCUGACGAUGUCUGCGGCGCUGCGGAGGCCUGUAUAUCCGGCCACUGCAUAUCGGCGUGCGCCGGUGCUUGCGGGGCUAAUGCACUAUGUUCUCCGAUCAACCAUCGCGCUAGCUGCCGUUGCCCACCAGGCACUGCUGGCGACCCAUCACGAGCUUGUUACACACCUGAAUGUUCAACAGAUGACAACUGUCCGUUUGACAAGAAUUGUGUUAAAGGGUACUGCCAAGAUCCAUGCUUACUGGGGUCACCAUGUGGUCGCGAUGCUUUGUGCGAAGUUGUUGCACACGUGGCUACAUGUCGCUGCCCACCCGGCACACAAGGAGACCCGCGUAGAGCUUGUAUAUCCGCUGUCUGUCAUUACAACGAAGACUGCGAUGAAACACAGACCUGCAACCGCCUCAAUCGAGUCUGUCAGCCAGCUUGCUCUGAUAACGCAUGUGCACCAGGAGCUACUUGUACAGCUCGCAGCCAUAGACCAAUUUGCACGUGUCCAUCUGGUGUCUCUGGUGAUCCUUAUGUUCGUGGUUGUACCAAGGAAAUUGCCUUCCAGUGUUCAAGAGAUUCAGAUUGCGCAGCCCCACUUGCGUGCGUUAACGUUCAAUGUACCGAUCUAUGUCUAAGUAAUCCAUGCGAAGUCGGACUCUUAUGUAGAACUGUAGACUUGCUGCCUCUUCGAGCCGUCGCAUGUGUGUGCCCAGAUGGUGGCCGAGUUGCUCCAGACAAUGGAUGUAGAUCUCCACCUGAGGCAGAAUGCUCUGCGGAUACAGACUGUGCAUUGAGUCAAAUGUGCCGUCGUGGAAGCUGUGUAGAUGCAUGCAAAGCAGAUCCUUGCGGACAGAAUGCACUUUGCGAAGCUAUUGACCACUCAUCACACUGUACAUGUGCUACAGGAUAUACAGGAAAUCCAAGAAUUGAAUGUAACGUCGAACCAAAACAAGUAUCCCCAGAAUGUUUUACUGAUGAUGAAUGUAAUGCGGAAAGAGCUUGCCGCAACCGAUUCUGUGUCAAUCCUUGCACAAACGCAUGCGGUCCAGGUGCAUUAUGCCGUAUCAUCGAUCAUAAGCCUGUCUGCACUUGUCCGAAAGGAUAUACAGGCGUAGCUACUGUUCAAUGUGUACCACCUUCAGAUAAGUCAGUCACCGUGGGAUGCAAAGCAAAUUCUGAAUGUCCAUUAUCACAAGCAUGUAUUAACGGUGGAUGUGCCAACCCGUGCGCCUGUGGACCAAAUGCUGAGUGCACCGUAGUUAGACAUCAUCCUGUUUGUUACUGUGAACGUGGUUUCUCAGGCAACCCUUACACAGGAUGUAGUAAAGUUGGCUGUACUUCGGAUAACGAAUGCUCUGAUAGCACUACAUGUUAUAACGGUGCAUGCGUGAACCCUUGUAUAUUAGAAGCACCCUGUGCAAUCAGCGCCGAGUGUUACGGUAAAGGUCAUCGUCCUAACUGCCGCUGCCCAGCUGGAAGUAUCGGAGAUCCAUACACAAGGUGUCAAACCGCAGAAUGUGAAAUAAACAAUGAUUGUAAUGACGACAGCGUUUGCGUUAAAGGCAUUUGUCGCAACGCUUGUUCUGCAGAAGGACUAAAUCCAUGUGCAAAUAACGCUGAAUGUUACGCAAGAAACCAUGCUGCAUCCUGCAAGUGCCCAUCAGCACUUCCUCUUGGAGAUCCGUUGACCCAUUGCCUUAAAGUAUCAGUAAUCGGUGAACCUGAAUGCCGAUUCGAUAGUGAUUGCCCAAGUGGGCAUGCCUGUUUACGAGAUGAAUGUCGCGAGGCUUGUUCGGAACUUAAACCAUGUACUGGAAUAUCGCGUUGUUCCGUAUCGGACAGCGUUCCAUUCCGUACCUUAGUAUGUCGCUGUCCAGAAGGAUACAUACCGGAAGAAGGAGGCUCUUGCAGAACAGCACAACUGCCUACCCCUAGUUGUUCUUCAGACCAAGACUGCAGUGAUCAAGAAUCUUGUGUUAAUAGAAUUUGUCGUAAUCCCUGCAACUGUGGAGAAAAUGCAGAGUGCUUCGUUCGUGAUCAUCGUCCAGUCUGCUCCUGUCGAGAAGGUUUUGAUGGAGAUCCUUACCGCGCUUGCCGUAUUGUGGGUUGCCGUACAGACUCUGAAUGCGAAUCAAAGGAUGCAUGUAUUAAUGGAAACUGUGUCAGUCCAUGCUUGUUAAACAACACUUGCGGACCAAAUUCUGAUUGUUUUGUAGAAAGAAAUCGCCCACUAUGUCGCUGCCGACCCGGGUUUGAAGGUGACGCGUUUGUUGGAUGUAAUGCUAUAGAAUGUAGAACAAAUGGGGACUGUCCGUUAGAUAAACAAUGCCAUGCCCAUAGAUGUAUCAACCCAUGUCUAUCUGGUCACAUGUGCGGAAUAAAUGCCCUAUGUUUGGUUAGAAAUCAUAACGCAGUCUGCAAAUGUGAAGAUGGCUAUACCGGUAGCCCAUAUGUAGAAUGUAAACCGGAAAUUACGGCGGAAUGUAUAGAGGACGCUGAUUGUCCAUCGAGAUCUGCUUGCCUCAAUUCUAAAUGUAUAAAUCCGUGCACGGCUUUACGGCCAUGUUCAGUACCAGCACGUUGUGAUGUAUCACCCACAUUACCAGUUCGCACUAUGCUCUGUACUUGUCCUCCUGGAUAUGUAAGUAGUGGCGGAGGUAUUUGCAAACCUUCUACCCCAGUAUCAGACAUUUCUUGUGAAAUCGACAAUGAUUGCACAAAUAAUCAUGCAUGUAUAACUUCUUUAUGUAAAAACCCUUGUAAUUGCGGUCCUAAUUCGGAUUGCGUGAUAAAAGACCACAAACCCGUAUGCGCGUGCCAGCCUGGAUUCAUCGGUGACGCUCGAACGGGCUGUUAUAAAGUCCUGUGUAGAUCUGAUUUCCAAUGUUCAGAGGAUGAAUCUUGCAUCAAUAAUCGUUGCGUGCCAGCCUGCUCUGUUGAACCAAAUAUAUGUGGCACCUCAGCUGAAUGCUAUGGUAUAGAACACAGAGCAGCCUGUCGAUGUGAAAUCGGUACCACUGGAAAUCCAUCAAUCGGCUGUGUACCUAUAGGCUGCCGCGCCAAUAGUGACUGCCCGCUAGAAAAAUCAUGUAUCAACUCUAAAUGUCAGAAUCCAUGCACAAAUUCCACUUGUAAAGAACCAGCGGAAUGUCGCGUGCACCUCCAUGAAGUCCACUGCGUGUGCCCGCCGGGCUUCCAUAGCACUGAAACCGGAUGCGAAAAAGUGAACCAACCAGAAUGUACAUCAGAUAGGGAGUGUCCUUCUGGAACUGCUUGUUUGAAUGCAAAGUGCGCUAAUCCUUGCACAGUAAUGAAACCCUGCGGUACAAACGCUGAAUGUAAAAUUGUUGACACGGAGCCCGUUCGUACAAUGAUUUGCGAAUGCAUACCUGGAUACCGAGGAAACGCUCUAGUGGAAUGCACACCUAACAUACCAACAACAGCCAAAUGUGUCGAUGGACAAGGCCUUAAUCCAAUAGGCGAAUGUGCGCCAUGUCGUACCGAUGAAGGCAGGACAGUAGAUUCACGUGGUCGCUGUGUUUGCGAUACAGAACGAGGUUGGGCACCACGUGGUAACGUUUGUGUCCGAGUAAUCUGCGACAACGAUAGUGAGUGCGGCGAUCGUGAACGCUGUCUUAACCGAAUGUGUGUGGACGCAUGUGAAGCCGAGCCUUGCGGCAAAUUCGCUAUUUGUGAGGCCACUGGCCACCGCUCAAUAUGCAAUUGUAUCUCCGGCUACUCGGGCAACCCACGUGUCCAGUGCAACGAAACUGUUAAAAAUAUCACCAAUUAUCGCACCGACUUCCCUCUACCUGAAAUGCAGGUUCAAUGUCUUGCCAAUGGGAUCCGAGUAAGCCUUAAGAUCAAGGAUGGAUUUAAUGGACUACUAUAUGUAAAAGGUUACAGUAAAGAUGAACGAUGUGGACUAGUAGUCAACGCUCCUGCGAACCAAGAAAGUCCUGUAGACUUUACUGUGCAAUUCGGAAACUGCGGUCUGGUGCAUGUUAAUGGUUUGGCGAGUUUUGUACUAGUAAUGCAAGAUCAUCUUAAACUCGUUACAUCUAAUGCCAAGGCAUUCCAUAUACAUUGUAUCUAUAAGACCGGCGAGAAGAACGUAACAUUAGCUUUCAACGUAUCAAUGUUGACAACGGCUGGCACAAUAGCUAACACCGGACCUCCGCCGAUUUGUUCCAUGAGGAUUGUAACACGAACCGGUGCUGAAGUCAGUUCUGCUACAGUCGGAGAAAACCUCAGCCUUCAAGUCGACGUCAAGCCAAGUAGCAUUUAUGGUGGAUUCGCUAGAAGUUGCAUCGCGAAGACCAGCGAAGUGGGAACAAACGUAGAGAAUGAAUACACAGUGACAGACGCGGACGGGUGUGCUACAGACCCGUCCAUCUUCGGCGAAUGGGAACAGAACGACGACGGCACACUGCGCGUCAUGUUCAACGCUUUCAAGUUCCCUAGCAGUGACAAUAUCCGAUUCCAAUGUAAUAUACGUAUUUGCUUCGGAAAAUGUCAACCGGUUAACUGUCGAGGAAGAGACGCUUACGGAAAACGAAGAAAACGAGAAGCGAUUGACAGCGAUGGCUCUCUGACGGGCAUCGAGGGUCAGUUGCGCGAGGAGGUGACGGUGGAGUCAAACCAGAUCUUGACUCUCGAACGACGUUCCGCGUCGAGAGCAGCCCGGCAGCGCGAGGGCGGCGCAGGUGCGGGCGGUGCAGCUAAUGGAGGUGAAGUGUGCGUGUCAGCCGCCGGCCUCGCUGUAGCACUGGCGCUGACGGCAUUGCUCGCACUGGUGGCGGUAGCGGCGGCUGUGGCCUGCUGGCUGGUGGCCUGGCGACGAGCGCGACCGCCUCCUGCUCCGCUCCCGCACCCGCCCGACUUCCCGAACCCGCUGUUCCAGCGCUAAGCCCGCUAGUCUCGCGCCCCGCUCCUCCGCCGGCGCCGGGCGGUGUCGGCUCCUUCUACUCACUCACUCAUCUGUGCGCGCCGCCGGAGGACCGCCGGGCGAGGGCGCCGCGAGCGCCGCGCUAGUAAGCGCCCCUCGCUUGCGCUCGUCGCGCCCUGCUCUAGUUUUACUUUUUUAAUAUAUUCUUUUUUAUUAACGUGGAAUUGUCGUCGCCUCCUUCAAAUUUUGUGAUAUUCAUAAUAUAAAUAUUCGAAAUCAUCAUAUUACUAUGUAAAUUACUGAUUAUAUUAUAGGUUAAACAAAUAAUGAUGAUAUUAAU